CUCUCCAUCUCUGUCUCUAUCUCUCUCCCUCUCCCUUGCAUCCAUCUCUCCCCAGGCCGCCGUCCGGUCGCUGCUCUCACGGCGCAAACCUUGUUUGUUGUAUUGCACGGGAUAUUAGCAUUACAUUCGACUGGGCUGGACCUCUCCUGCAUGCACCAGGCUAUCUGAGCGCAUCGUGGUUGCGUGUCAAGGACAAGGCCGCGUCAGGUAUAUUUUAUUUUGGACGAGCGAUCGACCCCUCGAAACUCACGUACUCGUUCCGUUCUCGCGUGGUUCUGGCUCCCUACAUGGUAUGCGCCGCUUCUCUUACCGUGGCUGAUUCACCCUCCGGGCCCUUUUUUUCUUUACUUUUUCUUUCUGUCGCCAAGACGCCACCCCAACUUUACUGCUCACUGCCCGCCGCCCGCUGCCCAAUUCCCUCUGCCCUCUCCCCCUCCCCCUCCCCCCCCCCAAACAAGCACAGGCGCAAUUUGGCUAUUUGCUGCCCAGUUCUGGCUGACUUGCUGACUGCUGACCGCUUCCCUGCACCCUCAUACUCUUCUCAAACACCACCACCACCAUCAUCAUCAUCAUUAUCCCCACCACACCACUACCCCCUCCCCCUCCCUGGUCUAUUGUUCUACUGCUCCCUGGUUCCCUGUCAUCUACUUUCUGCUUCUACGCUGUUUCCGUCUGCUUUCUAUCUGCUUGCUGUUUAUCAUCGUACCACCUCUUCUACGCCUUGCUCUAUCCCUGCUAGUUGGUUCUGCUUAAGAAACUCCACUGCUGUACAACAUCCCUCCCCGUUGCACCUCCCCACCAACAUCCUUCUUCAUCUUUCUUCAACGUUCAUUGCCAAUCGUCAUCCUUACUCUUCUCCUUCUUCCAAUCUCUCCCUCUUCCUGUCUCCAUCUCAAAGCAGAAUCUCCCUCUUCAUCCGCAACCACCGCCACAAGGACCCUACCCUUCGCCUCACAAUUCGACUCAUUCAAUUCCUCAGCAACACCAGAGUCCCUAUCCGAUUCAGGGUCAGCCUAACCAACCUCCUCCAGAGGUUUCCUAUUAUUCAUCGCAUCCAAGUCCAUAUAGCGCAGGGAGCGGACCAGGUAGUUACACAUCAUCCGCAGAUACACCAGAGCUAGGAAUGGCGACCGCAACGAUGAGACAAUUCCCGCCAAUUCAACAUGUUCAACACAACCCAAUGCACACCAGUCCAUCGUUGAUUCAAGGCCCACACAGUCAACCACUUCAUCAAUCUCCCCACGCAGACUACAAAGGCUUGACCGGCAGCCCAAAGUCACGGAUGCCGCAGACACCACAUCAACGACCACCUUCUGGACUU